UGGCCGUGAGUUUCGCUACUGAUGAUUGCGGAGAUUGGGCGUGAGUUCUGGGCUGCUUCAUGCCGUCUCUGUUCCGAUUGACGCAUUGCAAUGCCAACCCGUGAAAAGGUUGCAUUGGCGGUGGGCUGCUGAUGGGUCGGUGUCUUUGCGUGAUUUUGGUCGAGGAGCUUGCACUCGUCGGUCGCGUUAAGCGUCGGAUCUAACGAACGGAAAUUUGCAUCUCUCGCGAUGCAUUUGAAGGGAGGAUUAGGAAAGCAAGUCGGUGCGGAUGUAACCGCUGAAGGUCGACGGCAACCCUUUGAUCGGUAUGGGCAAAAGCUUGACUAGGCGUGUAUUUGAAUGGAAUGAGCCAGCAGAAAGACUAUACUAGGGACAAUAGAUGAUGCAAACUAUUGCUUUGGAGGAGCAAAAUGCUGUCCUCAAGCAGUUUGGAGCAGGGGGAUAUGGAGGGUCAGAUAGCAUGAUCAAUGAUGAGGCAGAACUCCAGCAACAUCAGAAACUUGAGAAGCUUUACAUAUCAACACGUGCUGGCAAGCAUUUCCAAAAGGAUAUUGUACGUGGAGCAGAAGGAUACAUAGUUACUGGGUCAAAGCAAGUUGAGAUUGGAACAAAAUUGUCAGAGGACAGUAGAAAAUAUGGUUCUGAAAAUACUUGUACCAGUGGUAGUACUCUAACAAAAGCUGCCUUAAGUUAUGGACGGGCUUGGGCUCAAAUUGAGAAAGAGCGUGGGAAUCUCUUGAAAGCUCUAGGGACACAGGUUGCAGAACCAUUAAGAGCGAUGGUAACGGGAGCUCCCUUGGAAGAAGCACGGCAUCUUGCUCAAAGAUAUGACAGGAUGAGACAGGAAGCUGAAUCUCAGGCUAUUGAAGUUUCCAAGCGCCAAGCAAAAGUGAGGGAUUCUCCAGGCAAUGCUGAGAAUGCUACAAAACUGGAAGCCGCAGAAGCAAAGCUGCAAGAUCUCAAGUCAAAUGUGGCAGUAUUAGGGAAAGAAGCUGCCGCUUCCAUGUCUGCUGUUGAAGCUCAACAACAGAGGUUAACACUCCAGCGGCUUAUUACCAUGGUUGAAGCGGAGCGUACUUAUCAUAAGAGAGUUCUUCAUAUUCUUGAACAGCUUGAAGCCGAGAUGAUGUCAGAAAGACAACGUAUUGAAGCACCUCCUGGCCCAAGUUUGGACAACAUGAGUGCACCUCCUUCAUAUGAAGAAACCAAUGGCAUCUAUGCAUCACAUAUGCAAAAUGGUUCUGCUGAUAGAAUGAGUUACUUUCUGGGAGAGGUUACUCAUCCAUAUCAAGCUGAAUCUGAUGUUGAGCUGAAUCUAUCAAUCGGUGAUUAUGUUGUCGUCCGAAAGGUGACUAACAAUGGGUGGGCAGAAGGUGAAUGUAAAGGUAAAGCGGGAUGGUUCCCAUUUGGGUAUGUUGAAAGAAGGGAGCGUAUUCUUGCAAGCAAAAUGGCCGAAGUGUUUUAGAUUUCUUUAGUAUUCCUUUCUUGGGGAUCAAUGCUUUUGAUGUGUACGAUAUGUAUUCUGGGGUAUAAUUGAUGUGUUUGUGCAAUUUAUGGAACACCUAGCCUUCUCGUUGGGUCCAAUUGAUACUCCCAGUUUGUGGAACAAUCAAAUUGCUGUUGUGAGGAAUCUGAUCGGAGUGCUCACCAAUACUUGUGGAUGGUGGAUUGAUCGUCAACGAGGGAACCUUUCUGAGCUACUGUUUACAUACUUGGAGUGUGUUCUUUCCUGUCGCUGAAAUAUGUCGUACUAGAACAAUUAGAACAUUUGGGGAAGUAUGGAUGUCGGAAUGUCAUUAUAUUUCAUUGACAAGGAUAAAAGGUAAAUGGAGAAAGUUUUUUUUAAGGACA